AUGGACUAUAAAAGGCUGCGCGAAGACGAUAAAGGCCCCGAGCCAGUAAACGGAAAUAAGCGCCAGAAAGCCAAUGGUCGACAUGCAAAUGCGCUUUGCCAAGAGUGCAAGCUUCUCGACAUCAAGAACAGCUUCGUCAAAGCUUCCGAUGCCUUCAAACGAGCCAGGAAAGGCAUCGUCAAGCGCCCUUCCAAAUUAUUCCAUGGCCGCACCGGCGGUCCUCUAUUCUACGGAGAUGCCUUUUUUUCGCACUCGUUCGGAAAGCGCUUAUCGAGCGAUGCGACAUGCCCUCUUUGCCGCUUCUUCUGGUCGAUGAGGAUACAACCGGAUAAACGCCAUGAGGAUUACAAACUCCUUGCCUUUUGUAGCAGCGAAAGCUGGAUGUUUGGCCUAUCAGGACUGAAGAAGAGCCCUGCUUGGCAUCAUACCCGGGAUACGGUAUGGAUGAGCGUGGUGCCGGAUAUACCGUCAAUACCGCAGUCGGGCCAUGAUGAACAUUGGCUGGACAAAGAUAUUCCAGCUGUUGGACCCAUCUAUCUCUUACAGCCUGACAAGGCACACGAAGAGAACCCGCCACUGCUAGAAGCAAGACAACUCGAUAACAAAAUCAAUUUCGCCGUUGUACAGGAAUGGUUCUCAUUCUGCCAAAAGUGGCACUUGAGAUCGUGCUGUCGACCAACCAAGGGCGAUGCCAUCACACAGGGAUUUCGUGUGAUUGAUUGUGAACAAGACCCUCCGACCGUGGUUCCGAUACCUUGGGGAGUCGAAUACGCCGCGCUUAGUUAUGUUUGGGGCCAGCGACAGGAGGAUUUGGUGGAUUGGCCAGCUACUGUCCUUGACGCCGUUGAUGUGUCACGUAGGUUAGGGUUGCGAUACUUGUGGGUUGAUCGACUGUGCAUCAACCAAUCUGAUCCGGAAGAGAAAGACUAUCUCAUCUCUCGAAUGACUACGAUAUACGAAUAUGCUGAGCUCACCAUUGUUUCGGCGUUUGGGUCGGGAGCUAGUGAUGGCCUUCCAGGCGUUCGAUCAACGCCUCGAAAGAAACAGCCAAAGAUAUUGUUAGAGAACGGCAGUUUGUUAGUUUCUGCGCUUCGAGAUCCCCGCCAAGAGAUCCUGGCAUCCGAGUAUUGGACAAGGGGGUGGACAUACCAAGAAGGAGUCUUGUCAAACAGGCGCCUGGUGUUUACCGAAAACCAAGCCUACUGGGAGUGCCGAUGUAUGGCAGCACAAGAGUCUCUUCAGAUGCCCUUAGAAUUGGUCCAUAAGAACCACAAUCCUGUUGAGAAUAACAAUGCUGCCAGCUUGCGCAGGAGAGAAGUCUCCCCUCCGACACUACAAGGGCAGCAUAUGGAGGACUACAUACUAGGUGGCAUCUUCAAAAGCGAGUCAUCUGGUGGUGAAUUUUCAGAAAAGUAUUACAGAGAUGUUAUACAAACCGAUGAGCACAGGUUAGAGUAUGGCUUUCCCGCCCAAGAUGAAGGAUCUAUGAAUUCCCAACUGCGAGCUUUGGACGACCACAUUCGAGCCUUUUCAGCGCGAAAACUAAGUCAUGGCGGAGAUUCGCUAAAGGCCUUUCUGGGCAUCAUCGGCAUGUUCAGAGACAAAAGGCUGCACAUAUACCUCGGCAUCCCCAUGUGGAUGGACGAUAUACUGGUUGACCUAACGGGUGCUUACAUCACAUUCGCCCUCUCAGUCUGCUCAUGGUAUCACCGCAGCGGCGAUGAACACCAGAUGUUUAUCGCAGAGCCUUGCGAGCGCAGGACGCAUCUACCAUCCUGGACGUGGGCAGGGUGGCAGGGCACCGUGUCGUGGAGGGCACCGCCGUCAGACGAGCACAGCGUCUUUAUGGGAGAUUUGAUAACAGCCGAGCCGCUUCAAGUUCAUCUGGUGUGGGCAGCAGAUCUAUAUCUGAGAUCCGCUUGUGAGCCGGUUUGUCUGCGACUACUCAAUCUCUAUUCGGCAGAUGUAUUGGAAGAAAAGGUACCUACGCUGCUGGAGAUACGCAAGCCAUUAGUUUUGAGGUAUUCGGUCCGACACGAAAUCAAGGGGAGCUGGGAAUGGAGGCGCUUAGCAGGCCGAGCAGGCGAGAAGCGCCGGUACCAAGCCGAACGACAGGAGUGGGACAAGAAAUGGUAUCGCAUCGCCGGCAGGCUGGCGUUUGUCAGCAUGUCCAUCUCCCUCACCGAGGAGGAGUGGACGCAGAAGCAUUACUCCGGUGAACUUGUCAGCGUGCUCAUCUUCACGGCUCAGAGACCUCGCGCAGAGCAUGGAAGGGCAAGAUUCCUAACGCUGCAGAGGGUUGAGUCUGAUUCGUUUGAAGCACGGUGGGAGAGGGUUGGAAGCCUGCAGCUGAUUAUUCCGGAGAUAGACCUGGAUAGGUGUUUCACGAAUCGGGAGUUACUAAGGAGGAUUCCUGUGAAGGAGUGGAACGGUGCAAUUGUGGUCCAGUAG